AUGGCCCAAAAACAGAUUCCCGUCAUUUCUCUCAAGAGCUUUGACCGCCGAAAAGAAGAGAUCACGAAGCAGCUUCUUGAAGCUGCCGAGGUGACUGGAUUUUUUACCCUGGUCGACCAUGGCAUCACUAUAGAUGAGAUUGAGGCUCAAUUCCGAGCUGCCGAGAAUUUCUUCAGUCUACCGGCCAAAGUCAAGGAUAAAGUCCGUCAUGAUCCCCGGACCAACAACGGCUGGGAGUACAAAGCUCAGCUGCGUCCCAGUACAGGCACCUACGACCAGAAAGAGUCUCUGUGGUUGAUGCGCGGCUCACAUUGGCCCAGCGAUCAGGAUGUGCCCAACUUUCGCGGAACCACGGCGCAAUUCAUGGCCAAGUGCGCCUCCAUUUCUGGCCAAGUCUCUACGUCGGCAUAUUCCGUUUCUCACGAGCCAAACCCUCUAGGUUUCGACGAAGACUACCUGGUGACGGCCAACGAUCCCACUCAGCCCGACUUCCUCAGCCAGUUGCGACUCCUCCAUUAUCCGGCGGCAGACAACGCCUCGGGCACCUGGAGGGCCGGUGCGCACACAGACAUAGGAUGUCUCACGGUGCUGUUCCAGCGAGACAAGCAAGAUGGUCUGGAGAUCUGCACCGGCCGAGAGUCACACACUGGUUUCGACGUGGGCCACUCGUCCACACCCAUACCGGCUCACACAGGGCCGAUUGUGGUCAACAUUGGCGACAUGCCAAUGGCGUGGUCCGACGACCGUCUCAAGUCCAACUUUCACCGUGUACGUGCCAGGGAAGUUGGUUACUCGCCGCCGCGGUACUCAAUCGCCUACUUUAACCAAGCUCGUCGUGGCUUUAUUGUACAAGGCCCCCGAAAGAAGUAG